AUGGACCCGUCUCAGAACAAAUCUCCUGCCCCAGAACGCAUCCGUUGGGAUGACGAUGAGGAAGCCGGCAAGAAGGCUCGCCCGACCCUGCGUCGUGGCCUGUCUACCGAAUCUCUCGCCGUACACUCCAUCCGAUCGAGGCGUAACUCGAUCGAUGUUGCGGCCGCUCUCCCCGUGCAGUAUCGUACUGUCUCCAUCGACAUUGACGAUUACAACAAGCAACAGGGACAGCAGAAGAAAGUGAAUGCUGCUACAACAGAGGUUGCACAGCUCGACUGGCACACGCUCUCUCCCGAAGAGAUUCUGCGUCGACUCUCUUCCUCUCGCACCGAAGGUCUCUCUCCCAAUCAAGUCGCUCGCCGCAUGGCACACUAUGGCAAGAAUGCCCCCUCCGAUCCUCCUACCCAUCAUACGCGCAAGUUCCUUGGCUAUUUCUUCAAAGGCUUCGGUCCCAUUCUCCUCGUUGCUGCCAUCCUCGUGUUCAUCGCCUGGCGGCCCCUGGGCAAGCCCCCGGCGCCGGCUAACCUGGCCCUCGCCAUCGUCCUGCUCGCUGUCUUCUUUAUCCAGGCCGCCUUCAACAUGUGGCAGGAUUGGUCUUCAUCCCGUGUCAUGGCCUCCAUCAAGACGAUGCUACCUGACCACUGUCUUGUCACGCGUGAUGGCGCCCAGUUGACACUGCUGGCCGAGGAGAUCGUACCUGGCGACAUCCUGACCAUCAAGAUGGGCAACAAACUGCCUGCUGAUGUUCGCUUCAUCGGUGCUUCGUCUGAUGCUCGCUUUGAUCGUUCCAUUCUGACUGAUAUCAGGGCCUCUUGGCUUCGACGAGACUAUCCCGACUGGAUCAACGUUCCCAAUCUCAUCAUAUCCUGCGUAUCGGUGGCUGUGGCCUUUAUUCCCGAGGGUCUUCCCGUGGCUGUCACAGCGAGCAUGACCAUCAGUGCCAACAUGAUGCGCAAGAACAAGAUCCUCUGCAAGUCUCUCAAGACGGUUGAGUCCCUUGGCUCCGUGUCCGUCAUUUGUUCCGACAAGACGGGCACCCUGACGCAGAACAAGAUGACCGUCAUCGACUGCGCUCUUGGCAACGAACGCAUGUCGGUGAAGCAGGCCCACGAUGCCCUUGUCCUCAACCAGGCACAGAAUCCGUCGGGAACCCACAACGCCCUUGACCAGCUUCGUUCCCUCGCCGGCCUGUGUAACGCUGCCGAGUUUGACGCCGCAACUCGUCGCUUGCCAGUCGAGCAGCGCACCAUCUACGGAGAUGCCACGGAUCAAGCCAUCCUCCGCUUCUCCGAGCAGCUAGGUUCUGUCGCCGAACUCCGUCGAUGCUGGCAAACAAAGUACGAGCUUGCCUUCAACAGCAAGAACAAGUACAUGAUCAGGGCGCUCGGCCUUGUGCAUCCUGAUGGAAAGUCAAUGUCCCUACCUUCGGACACGGCUGCCGUGUUUGAGCCUGCCGAUAUCCUGUUGACCAUCAAGGGUGCCCCCGAGAUUCUCCUGCAGCGCGCCACGCACUAUGUCAGCCCGACAGGAUGCGUUCGCGACCUUGACCAGGCUGCGAGGGCUAGCCUCGAGACGACCAAAGAUCAAUGGUCGGCCCAGGGUCGCCGUGUCAUCCUUCUGGCGCGCAAGGUUGUUUCUCGCUCGACUCUCGGUUCUGAAAUGUCCCCUUCCUUCGAGGCGGGCAUCAACGAACAGGCCAAGUCCGGCCUGACCGUUGUCGGCCUCGUCGGCAUCGUUGACCCCCCUCGCGUUGAGAUUCCUGACGUCGUCGAGACUUUGCGCGGCGCUGGUGUCCGCAUCUUCAUGGUGACGGGCGACUUUGCCCUGACGGCCCAGGCCAUUGCCACCGAGUGCGGCAUCAUCACGUAUCCUCCCUCGCAAAUCGACAGCGUAUCGGCCCUCGAGCGUGUGACGACCGUGGACCCCUCGCUCAAGGGAGCGUUUGUCGGCAGCGGUGGCGAUGAGCCCAACAUCCCGCGCAACGCCAUUGUACUGUCUGGACCUGACCUGAUCACGCUCAACGACGCACAGUGGGAUCAGCUGACGAGCUACACGGAGAUUGUCUUUGCUCGUACGACGCCCGAGCACAAGCUGCGCAUCGUGCGCGAGUUCCAGGCGCGCAAGCAGACGGUGGCCAUGACGGGUGACGGCGUCAAUGAUGCUCCCUCUCUGCGGGCCGCCGACGUAGGAGUGGCCAUGGGCUCGGGCAGCGACGUCGCCAUCGAGGCGGCCGAUAUGGUGCUCCUCGACGACACGUUCGCAAGCAUUGUCGAGGCGCUGCGCUACGGUCGCAUGAUGUUUGACAACCUCAAGAAGACGGUGGCCUAUCUGCUCCCUGCUGGUAGCUUCAGCGAGUUUUGGCCCGUCAUGGCCAACGUGCUCUUCGGCCUCCCGCAGAUCCUCAGCAGCUUCCUCAUGAUCAUCAUCUGUCUGUUCACCGACGCCGCUGCCGCCAUCGCGCUCGCCUACGAGGCGCCCGAGGCCGACGUGCUCGUGCGCAAGCCUCGCGUUCCCGGCAAGGACCGUCUCGUCGACUGGAAGCUCAUCGCGCAGGCCUACGGCGUCGUCGGCAUGCUCGAGACGCUGGCCUCGUUCGCCAUGGCCUUCUGGUACCUCGAGCGCAACGGCAUCCACUUCUCGGACCUCUGGUUCUCUUUUGGCGUGCUGCCCGACACGAUUGACAAGGACUUUUACGCGCAGAAGCUCAACGUCGCGAGCUCCAUCUACUUUGUCAACCUCGUCGUCAUGCAGUGGUUCAACCUGCUGGCUGUCCGCACCCGUCGCCUGUCACUCUUCCAGCACCCGCCCUUCUUCAACGCGAGCACCCGCAACAUCUACCUGCUGCCGGCCGUGCUCUUCGCUCUCGGCAUGGCCCUCUUCUGGCUGUAUGUGCCUGAGUUCCAGCGCGUCGUUGGCACGGCUGUUGUGCCUGUCGAGUACUGGUUCCUGCCCAUGAGCUUCGGACUGUUCGUGCUCGGCGUUGACGAGGCGCGCAAGUACGCUGUGCGCACGUGGCCCAAGGGUUUCUUCGCCCGGACGGCGUGGUAA